GAAGAAGAGUUCAAUCCGGGAAGUUUCAGGUUUGCAUAAGCGACUCACAAUCGAAGAAGUGCAUGCGACAAUUGCCCGGGACGGACAACAUCUGUUCAUACAUAGAAGAAGGGUGUCCGCUGAAAGAAGAUGGUGUAUACACGUUUAAAAAAAGCGUCUUUGUACCCGAUUAUGCGAGUAAAGGUGAAGAACGCUUCACGUUUUUUGACGCGGAUUGCAACGUGAUUGCAUGCGCGCAGUUCCCAAUGGAAAUUCGGUCAAAGAAUACGUACAUACCGCAAAUUCUGUACACGGAUGACAGCUAUCCCUGCGGAGACAAAGCACAAAGCAUUAUUUUCUAA